GUUUUUCAAAAUGCGUUUCACACGGUUCAAAUCAAAACCGCGAACAAAAUGUUCCCAUCACAGGGACUAUAAAAGCUGACAUGUCCGAUGAAUCAAAUCACUGUUGUCUGUGCCCUCGGCGGACUUUCGAUCUUUGUCAGGUUAAAUACAAAAGAAGAAAAACUUCAUCAUGUCUCAGACCCAAGGUGGAAGUGACCCAAAAGACCUUCUGUACAUGUUUUACCGUCCCGUUGAACCAAUUUUCAUCGGCAAAGGUGACGAAAAUGUGACUUUUGAGCUGCCCAGAGAAUACUUGACGGAUCGAUACAAGCCGCUCGUGUCAGACAUUCAGUCACGAUUUCCCGGAUCCAAAACUGUUACGAUUCGAUCGGUCCAGAAACUGCCCGACAUCUCCAGGAUCCUGCAACUCGAUCGUCAUGAUAACUUCUCCCUGUUCAUCCCCUAUCACCGAGAGCUUGCUGCUCAACUCGUUUCUAUCCUCAUGGGACUGAAGAGCUUCGACGAAUUUCAGUCUGUCUGUGCUUACUGUCGUGACCGAGUGAAUCCUUACUUGUUCAUCUACGCCAUGUCGGUGGCUGUGCUGCACAGACCUGAUACCAAGAAUCUUCAGAUUCCCUCUCUCUGCGAAAUUUUCCCGGAAAAAUUCAUGGACAGUAGCGUGUUUCUUAAGGCUAGAGAAGAGGCGAUUGUUGUCCCAACUGCAUCCCGAAUGGCUAUCGAAAUACCCAGAGACUACUCAGCCUCUGACCUGGACAUCGAACAUCGUGUAGCAUACUUCCGAGAGGACAUCGGAGUCAAUCUUCACCAUUGGUACUGGCAUCUCAUUUACCCCUUCGAGGGCCCCAGGAACAUCAUCAACAAGGACAGGAGAGGAGAAUUGUUCUACUACAUGCACGAACAAAUUUUAGGACGGUACAACUUCGAGAGAAUCAGCAACCGUUUAGGAAGAACGAAGCGUCUCUUGAAUUUGCGCGAGGAAAUACCGGAGGGUUACUUCCCCAAACUCGACAGCACUGUUGCUUCAAGAGUUUGGCCCGCUCGCGUACGCAACGCAACUUUAAGUGACAUCGACCGAGAAAGUGAACAGCUACAAUUUGAUAUUGCGGAUCUUGAACGCUGGCGGGAUCGUAUUUUGGAGGCCAUUCACAUGGGAGCAAUAAUUACUAGCGAUGGAUUACGGAUUGAAUUGGAUGAAGCCAAAGGAAUCGACAUCCUUGGAAAUAUAAUGGAAUCAAGUAUCUUGUCAGUCAACAGAGAUUUGUACGGAGAUCUUCACAACAGAGGUCACGUGGCUAUUGCCCUUUGCCACGAUCCAGACCAUCGUUACCUGGAGAACAUAUCUGUGAUGGGAGACCCAACUACAGCUAUGAGGGAUCCAGUGUUUUACCGUUGGCACGCUAUGAUCGAUUACAUAUUCCAAGAGCACAAAAAUAAACUCCCUCAAUAUACCGUGAAACAGCUCACCUUCGAUGGAAUCAAAAUCAACAACGUGGAAGUUCAAAUUCAAAGCUCCUCUGCUCCGAAAAACGAAUUCGCCACAUUCUGGCAGCAAAACGACAUCGAUCUAUCCCGUGGAUUGGACUUUGCUCCGGGUGGCCAAAUUCUGGCUCGUUUUACCCAUCUCCAGCACGCUCCGUUCGUCUAUAAAAUACUCGUGGAUAACACUAGCUCUGGCAACGUCACUGCAACUGUAAGAAUUUUCUUGGCUCCAAAACAAGAUGAAAGGGGAGUGCCAUUCUUGUUCAACGAUCAACGCUCUCUCUUCAUUGAAUUGGAUAAAUUUGUCACUACUCUGAAGAAAGGUCAAAACCUGAUUGAACGUCGCUCUAUCGAUUCAGCUGUGACUCUGCCGUUUGAAUACACAUUCCGAAACCUCUCGAAUAUGCCAACCUCCGGUCCAGAAGCAGAGAGAUGGAACUACUGUGGCUGUGGAUGGCCCCAACAUCUUUUGAUCCCGAAAGGAUCGCCAGAGGGACUGCCCUGUGAUCUAUUCGUGAUGAUUUCCAACUGGGCUGAAGAUAAGGUGGACGACGCGAAAUCCGACGUCGGCUGUGACGACGCCAGCAGUUACUGCGGUCGAAGGGACAGCAAAUACCCUGACAAACGUUCGAUGGGCUUCCCGUUCGACCGUCGUCCCCGGCAGGGAGUCGCCAACCUCAAGCAGUUCUUGACCCCGAACAUGUUCGUCCUGGACACGAAGAUCAAGUUCACGGAUCGGAUCAUCCCACCCUCCGGCGGAACCUUCAAACCCUCCAUUCAAAGUAGCGGUAACCGGCCCAAGAAUCAGCAGCAAAGCGGCAGCAGAUCAGUCGAGUAGAUAUUUGAGCUUCAGUUAGGUAUAUAUGACUGCAUCCGGAGGUAAUGCUAAUAUACUUUCAACAGCCUUGGGUUCGUAGAAAAAAAAAACCUCAGGACCAAAAAUUGAUUCAUUUCGUCACUAUUUUUUAAAUACCCCCCCCCCCCCCCCCCCUACCCCUCCCCAAACAACAUACCUGAAAUCUAUUAAACAGUCACUAAUAAGAAUUGUAUUACCUGGAAAAAAUGCUCGAGUUAUGAUAAAUUUGCAGUUUUGUUGAUUUUCAUGUGAAAAGAAGUAUGUAUAAAUAAUUCUGAAAUUAAUUUUUAAAUAUUUUUUUUGCAAACCUUAUUUUCAUUUUAUAUCGGGAAUUCAGUGUCUCAGCGAGUAGAAAGCAAGAAAGUAAAAGAGUGGGUGGACAAAAAAAUCAUGCCCUGAGUUUCAAUGACAAAAUUUUCAAUUGUACAUUUUUUUAUAGUUUGAAAAUACAUAAAAAAAAACUUUAAUUAAAUUUGAGAAUAAUAAACAAUGGCUGUGAAAUAGGUUUAGGAAUACACAUGAAAUUAUAGAAUUUUAUAUUUUAAAUAUUUUCAAAACGAUUUUUCUAUUAUUCAACGACAAUAUUUCCUCCGCCUGUAGAGAGUGGAAAAAAAAAUCCGUGUCGGAUAACCUAAAUGAUUCCAGAACUGCUCGCGAACUUCAAUGGUUAUAUCAAUAAGUAUAGUCAUUACGCAUUCGGAUGAGACUUAUUAGACCCUUGGUGCAGUCAUCCUUACUUUCCUGGAGCUUUAUGCAUGCUUGAAAAUACCUGAUCAACUGACGGAUCUCAUCCAAUACCAUGUGAUCCUAUUUUUCCUAGUAUGUCAUCAUGAAUGUCAAAUCUUUUCGAUCAAUCUACAAGUUUGUUGAAAUAAUUCAAAAUAUAAUAUUAUAUGCAUUAA